AGCAACAUGACAAACAUGAUCACACUCACAUGCAAUGUCCUUCCGGCAGGUGGCGCCUCCAACGUCCCUCAAGCACACAAGAAGAAGAAACGUGUUUCUUUCUUACCCCAAUCCUCCAACAUGGCGCCGUCCAGGAGGACUAAACGCGUGGUGGCUUCACAGCCAGGUUUUCUAAAUUUAAAGCCCUCUUCAGGCGCUGCAGGCUUGGCCGGUGUUCGGAGGAAACGCGUGAACAAGAAUAAGAAAAAGAACUGGAACAAACACAGCGACAUAAACGAUGUAACUGAGUUUUUAGAAGACGUCCGACACCAGGAGAGAACCAUAGGUGGUCUGCUGUCUGAGAAGUCAGAUGAUCAUUUGUUCUUUUUGGAUGUUGGACAACCAAAGAAAGCUGAACAGAAGGUAGCGGAACCCGUCGAUGGGAAGAAGAGGAAAGGGAAAGCGGUGCGUCCUCUGAGGAUAGACCUGAUCCUGCAGCACGACUCCCUCGUUCCACCACCUAAAGAUGUGUUGGCCUACCAGCAACCUAAUGCCAAGAAACUCCGUCGCAUUGCCCAGAAGGCCGAGCAGCUGGCAGCCAAAGGCGUGGUGCCACGGAGGCAGAAACAGCUGUUGAACAGACGGCCAGCUGACAGGACAGUCAAGAAGGCAGUGACAGAGGCCAACAACAACCCAGACAGAGAAUACUAUGACAUAUGGGGACAAGAGUCCAAAGAUACAGCUGACCCCUGGUACCUUCAACAGACGGGCAAGAAGCGUGUCAAGCGUCCAGAGAAGUUGAACGAGAAGCCAUCUGUGCUCCCGGCUGUGGAGGUGAUCGCUCCUGGAGGAUCCUACAACCCAGACUUCUUCUCCCAUCAGGCCUUGCUGCAGGAGGCCCAUGAGGUGGAGGUCAAGAAACAAAAAGAGGAAGACAAAAUAGAGAGACAGCUAGCUGUCAACAAAGAACACCUAGCAACAGAGGAGACAAUCUUAAGAGAGCAGGUGGAAGGCCUGGUGGAAGAGGAGAACGAAGAAGAAGCUCCUAAUGAGGAAGAGGAGGGUGUGGCAGUGGGAGCCAUCACAGUGGCUGAGAAGAAGACUGAGAGACAGAGGAAGAAAGAGAGGGCAUACAAAGUGAAGGAGCAACUGCGACAGGCCAACAGAUAUCAGAAUGACAAGCGGCAGCAGCUCUUCCAGCUUCGCUCCAUAAAGACCUCUAUCAAACAAGAGGAACAGGAAACCAAGGACAAACAGAAACAACGCAAGGCCAAGCAGGAGGCUCAGAAAGCUCAACCAAGACGCCUUGGCAAACUCAAGUUUAAGGCUCAGGACAUGGAGGUUCAGUUAAGUGACGAGCUGGCCGGCUCCCUGCGACAACUCAAGCCAGAGGGCAGCGUCCUCAAGGACCGCUUCAAGAGUCUGCAGAAGAGGAACCUGAUCGAGCCAAGAGAAAGAGCCAAGUUCAAGAGGAGACUCAAGCAGAAGUAUGUGGAGAAGAGGGCUUUUAGAGAGAUCACUUAGUGCCGAACCACAGACCACAGGAGCUGAGCACAAGAAGAUGGGCAGCAUUUAAAGCCCCAAACGCAACAUAAUGGAACUGUGUAUAUACAACUUAUUGACUGUGGAGGGCCUGUUUGACCCUCUCAGAUUGAAACUGCUUACAAAUUAAUAUGUCACAUCAAUGAUAUAAUCUGAAAUGAGAAGAGUUGGAUAUCAUUGUAGUGCAUUUCCUGUACUGGUGUGUUUUUAAUAUCAAAUUUCACACAAUGUUUCAGUGUUUGUGUGUGUGUGUGUUUAUGUAAUAUGACCCCUAUCAGGAGAAGGGUUUUCUAAGGCUUUAUAGUAUACAGCUGGGUUUGUGUCACUACUCUACGCAUACAUGAGUAAAGACUUACAGUUUAGGUUAAUAACAAGAUCGGGAAGAUGAAAUGGUACUGUUUACCACACGAAUAUUUGUCAGGUUUAUGUCUGCUAUCAGUACGCCUGAUACUGCAACUUCGGGCAUGUAAAUCUUGUAAUAUAGCCUACAUUUCUUCAUG